AUGUCGGACGAUGAUGAUUUCAUGCAAGAUUCGGCUGAUGAGGACUACGACUUUGAAUACGAGGAUGACGAGGAUGAAGAGUCAGGCGAUAUUGGCAUUGAGAAUAAAUACUAUAAUGCCAAGCAGAUCAAGGCCGACAACCCGGAGGAGGCCAUUGACGAAUUCCUCGGCCUGCCUCCCAUGGAACAAGACAAGAGUGAAUGGGGCUUCAAGGGUCUGAAGCAAGCCAUCAAGCUUGAAUUCAAGCUUGGACGCUACAGUGAUGCCGUUGAACAUUACCGAGAGCUUCUGACCUACGUCAAGUCUGCCGUCACCCGAAACUACUCCGAAAAGUCCAUCAACAACAUGCUCGACUAUAUCGAGAAAGGCUCCGACGACGCGCAGGCCUAUAAGUGCAUGGAACAGUUCUACUCGCUGACUCUCGACUCCUUCCAGAAUACCAAUAACGAGCGUCUUUGGCUCAAGACCAAUAUCAAGCUCUGUCGGUUGUGGUUGGAACGGAAGGAAUUCACCCAACUCGCCAAGAAGGUCAAGGAGCUGCACAAGGCCUGCCAGCGGGAGGAUGGUACCGAUGACACCAGCAAGGGCACCUACUUGCUCGAGCUUUUUGCGCUUGAGAUUCAAAUGUACGCGCAGAUGAAGAACAACAAGCGUUUGAAGGUCCUCUAUCAGCGGGCACUGCGGGUCCGAUCGGCCGUUCCUCAUCCCAAAAUCAUGGGCAUCAUCCGCGAGUGCGGUGGCAAGAUGCACAUGAGUGAGGAAAAUUGGGAGGAGGCCCAGAGUGACUUUUUCGAAUCGUUUCGCAACUACGACGAGGCCGGCUCGAUGCAACGAAUCCAGGUCCUCAAGUAUCUGGUAUUGACCACCAUGUUGAUGAAGUCGGACAUCAAUCCAUUCGACUCCCAAGAGACUAAGCCCUACAAAAGCGAUCCUCGAAUCUCGGCCAUGACCGACCUUGUGGAUGCGUUCCAGCGCGAUGACAUCCACGCCUAUGAGGACGUCUUGAGCAAGCAUCCUGAUGUCUUGUCCGACCCCUUCAUCGCAGAAAACAUCGAUGAGGUCAGCCGGAACAUGCGUAUGAAGGCACUGCUGAAACUGGUUGCGCCCUACACUCGCUUCUCCAUCGAUUUCAUUGCCAAACGCAUCAAGAUCUCCGUACCCGAGGUGAUGGAUAUCCUGAGUUUCUUGAUCCUUGACGGGAAGCUCAAGGCCCAGGUUGACCAGCAGAGUGGUAUUGUGACCGUAGAAAGUGCCAGCGAUGCAGAGCGAUUGCAUGCUCUCGACAGCUGGAACUCAUCCCUCAGAAACCUCUGGCAAGCGACUUUGAACGGCGAAGGAUUCCGCCCGGAAGAGAGCGGCCAAAGCGGACCGGCCUUCCCUGGUGCUCUUGAUGGCCCAUCUAUGGGGUUGAUGACCCGAACCCUUCGUCAGCCCGAGUUCAAGGGCCGUGGACUUCUCAGCCAACAAAUAAGUGAUGUCGUCUAA